UUCGCAUACCCCAGCUCUACCUGUCCUUGGGAGGCAGCCGCGACAGCCUUGCCGUCGCGUCGAUGAUUGUACGAGUAUUUGUAUAAAACGUACGAGUUCCCCUCCUAUAUCUACCGUGCGGUUUCAGAGCGGCAGAUAUGAACUACAGUAAACUACUACGAUUACAACGUGCCACCAUUGCGCGGAGAUGACGCGAUACCUCACCGAGGGCCCACGCCCUCCUAUCAUCCUAGAGAUGUUCAACGUCGUCUUUUCCGCCGUUGCUCUGGUUCUAGCGACAGUCUACAUGAUCCAGAUUCUAAGUGCGCCGAAAGGUCCAUAUACUCCGGUCUCAUGGUCCAAUUCUGGUUACGGGGCACUUUACUACGUACCACCUGGCUUGACACUGAUCAUAUCCGUCAUAAAUUUUAAAAUUUACCGGAAACAUGCAACGCCGCUGCUUUAUGCAUUGCUCUUCGCAAUAUUCAUGCUGGCCGGCUGGCUGACAGUUGUUGUAUGGUGGAUUCAAUGCCAUCUCGACCUUUGGAAACUCAACCGCUACUGCUACCAGCGCUCGUUACGAUUUGGUGAAGGGUCGCAAACCUAUCGACGUGUGGAUAAUAGCAUCGCGUUUGCAAGCAUCGCAUUGGGAGUUCUCUUGCUCUUUAUGUAUAUAAUAUACACGAUCUCAACUUCUAUCGAAUAUUAUCGCAACCAACGGAGAAGGCAAUGGCGUAAUUCAUCAGGGCUAGGCGAUGGAUACCGUAGGAGGAAUGGAGGCGGUAUUGGGGGCGGAGGUUAUUACAGUGCAGCUAGAUUUGGCAUCUUCGCUCCAAGGAGUGCCAUUCGUAGGCGCGGAAGGGGUGGAGACGGUGGAGGGGGUGGAGGCAGUGGCGGCGGUGACGGCGGUGGGGGAGGGGGUGACGGAGGAGAUGGUGGUGACGGUGGUGGAGGAUAGGAUAUGCCAGUAAAGGGCUUCGGUCACGAUUUUAAUACUUUUGCUGAACUUGAAUAAUCAAUGUUCGUCGACAAUAAUUCAUAACGGCGUGUCAUAGUAAGAUGGAUGUGAGCACCUUAUCACUAGAAACAUGAAUUAUCAUGGGGUCAGAGUUAGGUUCGUGACAGCUAGCUAGAACUGGGGUGUUACCAUUAUGCUUUAAGUGAGAAAGUCCAUGGAACAUAACCAAUUCCUUGAUUUUUGCAGUAGAAUAGGA